GGGACGCGACGGGCGGAGCUUGAGGAGGAAGAUGGCGGCCGCCCGGGGGUUGUCCAUAGGGGCCGCGACGCUCAGAGCGGUCACCCCCUGGCCAAGGGGCAGGCUUCUCGCAGCCUCCUUGGGACUUCAGGCGCGUCGGGAAGUAUCAUCCUCCAGCUCCGAGGCGGGUGAAGGGCAGAUCCGCCUCACGGAUAGCUGCGUCCAGAGGCUUCUGGAAAUCACCGAAGGGUCAGAAUUCCUCAGGCUGCAGGUGGAGGGAGGUGGAUGCUCCGGAUUCCAAUACAAAUUUUCACUGGAUACAGUUAUCAACCCUGACGACAGGGUGUUUGAACAGGGUGGGGCAAGAGUGGUGGUUGACUCUGAUAGCUUGGCCUUCGUGAAAGGAGCCCAGGUGGACUUCAGCCAAGAACUGAUCCGAAGCUCAUUUCAAGUGUUGAACAAUCCUCAAGCAGAGCAAGGCUGCUCCUGUGGGUCAUCAUUCUCUGUUAAACUUUGAUGCAAUCAUAGGUGACCCUGAGAUUGCUGGCAUUGUACCAAUUUGAGGAAACUGGGAUUAGUACAGUUCUAGAGGUUUCUUUCUAAUAAUGUCCCUCUCUGAAUUUUAUUUUCCUCAGUCUAGGAGUGUUUAAUUUUACCACUGUUAUUUUCAGAAUGUGAAGCUUUUGUGCUCUUGGCUUAAUUUUUCAUCCAUCUCUCCAACCCCCCCCUUUCUAAGGCCAAGCCUCCAGAUGCUGUUAUCUCAGACUUAAUCACUGGUUGAAACUCAGCAUUAAUUUAUAGAGCUUCCAAGGCUCCAAAAUUUGGAGUUACUUCUCUGGCCCUCAAAACUGCUUGUACAUAUGUGUAUAGCUGUGUAUAAAAGCUUAAUUUUAAAG